AUGGAGGAGCCGCUGAUCAUUACCUCGGAGGAAGGAGCCUCGUCGCUAAAUCCACCUUGCCGCACAAUCUGCCAUGUAUGCCAGAAGCAGUUCUCGCAAUACACUUGUCCGCGAUGCAAUUCGCGAUACUGUUCUCUCCGGUGCUACAAGUCGCACAGUGUCCGGUGCACUGAAUCCUUUAUGAGGGAGAACGUAGUUGAGGAGCUGAAGCAUUUGAAACCUGGCGAUGACAGUAAGCGGAAAAUGGUGGAUAUAUUGAAGCGAUUUCAUUCCCAGGAAGAAGAGAUGGAGUCUAUGGAUGAGGAUGAAGGAGGUCAAAUUACUCUAGAUGAUCUCUCUAUCGAGGAGAAGAAACGGUUUGACAGAGCUUUAGCAUCCGGGGAGCUUAGCAAGUUCUUCAAACCUUGGGAUCCUUGGUGGUUAAAGCCUUCAGCCAGAGCCAUCUCUCUCAGUAAGCAAGGAACUCAACUCGUCCAACCAAUUGCUGAUACUGAUCAUGAACCAUCAUCAUUGCCAUCACCAUCCCCUCAAGACAAUGUUGCACAAGACGAGUCGUCCGUUGAGAUCCCUCCUGGCCCUCAAAUCCCACUGCCACCAGUUGCAAAGCUAAUCGCUAAAGAGCCAUCUCCGCUUUUGGCUAUUCAUCUGGUAGACAUCAUAUAUUCCUACUGCUUCACGUUACGGGUCUACAAUGGGGACUGGAACUCGGAUGCCAUAGGAUCAGUAACCGUACUAUUGAGUGUCUCACAAGUUUUAGGCCAAGCCUCCCAGCCAGAAAACGUGAUGGAAGCCCUGUCUUAUUGCUUGGAGCAAGCUUGCUCUCCAGAGUACAGGCACAUGGGGGGUUCCCGAUUUGGACUGUCCAUCAUUGACGACAUGAUCAAGCUGCUCUCGCUGGGUCGCGGUGCUCUAAUAUGCAUGCUUGCCGAUCUGGAGAGGUUGGUUCGAGCCGCGGAGAAGGAGCUGAAAGGAGAGAGACGUCUGAAUUCCAGUUCAGAGACCAGGAUUAAGCUGAAGCUUGCGGAGAGGAAAAUCUACUUCAUCAUGUGUUGGACGAACGAUCAGCCUGAUGAAGCCUGGUCUUCUCUGGCUACCAUUGUUAGAACAGAGCAUACCUCUGUCUUGGAUUGUUGUAAGAGCGAUCGGAACAUUGUGAAGAAAUCCAUGGACAAAACAGGAACCGGAGCAAAGGUUUUGAUUGAAGAGAUUGAAUAGAUAAUGCUGAGAGCUUCUUGCAGUCCUCUUCUGUUUUGUAUUACGGAAGACAUGUAAAUUCAUUCACUGUGGAAUGAAUCAACCAAAAAUUUUGUGCACAGAAUAGAUAUGUUUCUUUAUUCUGAAGGCCCACCGUCCGGCUGUGAGGCCAUCUCAUUGGG